CUCCCUCUCGCAUCGGCAGCGAUUUUCGGGGGGGCUGAGCGCUUUUCUUUUUGCUAUUUCUGAGGAGAGAGAAAACUCCGCCCCUCGUCCAGAUUGUGGUGAUCCUGCAUUUAGCUGGUUGUCUCCGUCGCUGUUUGCUUUCAAAUAAAGGCUGAUUUGGUUGGAUUCUCAUCAACUGAUCGAAGCAAAUCUCGAAUCCUCGUCCUCUUCCCGGUGUUGUCUCUCUCGCAUGCUUCUUCCCGAGAGAGAAAUUCCCAGUCUUGCGUUCUGGGUCGAGUGAAUUUGGCGAUUUUCCAAGCACUUUGAUUGGGCUUGGAUUGGAGCGCAUCCCGUGGUUGUUGUGGAGAGUUCCGUGGAAUUUUUUCUAGUGUAAUUAUCGUCGUCCCGAGCUCGGCUCCGUUGGGUGGCUCGUUUUUUUUGUUGUCGCCGGGAGCAUCGGGCCGUUCCGAGGGGUUUUGUCGCGGAGAUUGUCCGUUCUUGAUUAGAGAGAGAGGGAGAGGAGUUGCGGCGAAAUGACGAUCGGGUCUAUGCCGGGUAGCUCUGGGUACUUGAACUUGUAUCCAGAGCGGAAAAUGUCGUAUUUCAGUAAUCUGUACGUGCUUGGAUUGACUGUGACUGCCGGGAUAGGCGGACUACUCUUUGGCUACGACACGGGUGUCAUAUCUGGGGCGCUCCUGUAUAUUAAAGAUGAUUUUGAGGCUGUCAAGGAGAGUAGCUUUCUGCAGGAAACUAUUGUCAGCAUGGCCUUGGUUGGUGCAAUGAUUGGAGCUGCUUCAGGGGGUUGGAUUAAUGAUUCUUAUGGACGUAAAAACGCUACCCUUUUAGCUGAUGUUGUUUUUGCAGUUGGAGCAGUAGUAAUGGCCGCUGCACCUGAUCCUUAUGUCCUCAUUGUUGGUCGGCUUCUAGUUGGACUUGGUGUUGGUGUUGCAUCUGUUACUGCUCCUGUAUAUAUUGCAGAAGCUUCACCGUCGGAAAUAAGGGGAGGCCUUGUUAGCACUAAUGUGCUUAUGAUAACUGGCGGACAGUUUCUCUCAUACCUUAUAAAUCUUGCGUUCACAGAGGUCCCAGGAACAUGGCGUUGGAUGCUGGGAAUAUCUGGUGUGCCAGCAGUCAUUCAGUUCUCUUUAAUGCUCUUUCUACCGGAGUCACCUCGAUGGCUUUUUAUGAAGGAUCAUAAAACUACAGCUAUUGCUGUGCUUUCUAAGAUUUAUGCUCCUGAUCGGUUAGAGGAUGAGAUUGAUAAUCUUUCUGCUGCCUUAGAGGAAGAACGCCGGAGAAAGAAUAAUGUCAGAUACCGGGAUGUUUUUAAGUCAAAGGAAAUUAGACUUGCAUUUUUGGCUGGUGCCGGGCUUCAGGCAUUUCAGCAGUUCACCGGUAUCAAUACAGUGAUGUAUUACAGCCCAACUAUAGUCCAGAUGGCUGGCUUCUCUUCCAACCAGCUGGCACUUCUCUUAUCCCUGAUUGUCGCUGCUGUGAAUGCUGCGGGGACCAUCGUUGGAAUUUACUUAAUUGACCAUGUUGGUCGGAAAAAACUGGCCCUUGCGAGUUUAUCCGGUGUAUUAGCAUCCUUGGCAAUCCUUUCUGGUGCAUUCUUUGCAGAAUCCUCUGAUUCCACAAACGGGGUAUAUGGGUGGCUUGCGGUCAUCGGUUUGGCCCUCUACAUCGCUUGCUUCUCACCCGGUAUGGGACCUGUACCAUGGACAGUAAAUUCGGAGAUAUACCCUGAGGCAUAUCGUGGAAUGUGUGGUGGCAUGUCGGCCACCGUCAAUUGGAUUUCGAACUUGAUUGUGGCACAGACAUUUCUUAGCAUCGCUGACGCUCUGGGGACAGGUGCGACGUUCUUGAUUCUUGCGUGUGUAGCCGUGUUGGCCAUCGUGUUUGUGGUCAUGUUUGUGCCAGAGACGAAGGGGUUGACUUUUGAAGAGGUGGAGAAGAUAUGGAAAGAGAGAGCUUGGGGAAGUAGCAAAGGCAAAGAGAGCGCAGAAGGCCUUCUUGAAGAUGAAGCCUGAGUGGUAUGAGACCUUGUUUAUCCAUUAGAUAUAGUAGGUACAGCAUUAGAACGAGCAUCCGGCGAAUCCGCCCCUAUGCCUGGAGUGUCAUUUCAGGUUGAGGGGUCCGUUGGCUGUGGACAGUUUGCAACUUAAGGAAAUAAAUGUGUAUUUCGGGUUUUGCAUUGGCCUAAAAAUGCCAACUGCGAGUUUCUUUACUCUUAUCUGUCGGUUUAAAUCAUGUUGUCCGGUUGGUAAGUCAAGUAGAGAGCACAGAUUUAGGUUCAUCCCUCCCUGUGACUCAAUAGAAAUACAUGCUAAUGAUGAGGGCAAUAGGAUGAGCCGAUAGGUGGAUAAGUUCAGAGUGAGAAAUCCUUUCUUUGUCGACACCUUAUAUUGCUUGACAGGGAUCUUCUUCUUUACAUUGUGCAUCUUGACUAAUGCAUUUAUAUAUUAUGUA